AACAAGUUCUCGUUUCUGCCCAUCUUUUCUUUUGUGCUCGACGCGAUUCACCAUUGGGAUCUACAGUCCAGAAGAUAUUACUAGUAUCCAGACGUUUGGGGACUCUCCUUAAGAACUGAAGAUGACCCAGCAAAAUGUACAUCCAUCAAGUAGAGCUGCUGUGGUCGGGACGGUGUCGUUUUAUUUGGUCGCUGCUCUGGCGAUGGUGAUAGCCAAUAAAUGGGUGCUCAAUACGACCACUGUACCAUUGUUCUUCCUACUAUCCCAACUCGUAAUUGCUGUACUACUCUUCCUCGUAUCACACGUGGUCGGCAUCGUCAAAGUACCGCUUCACGUUAAUAUAGCCCUCAUCAAGGGCCUCGCUCCUAUGAUUGCACUUAAUGUCGUCGGUCUCAGCUCGAAUAACUAUACCCUCAAAUAUGUCGAUACAUCAUUCUACCAAGUAGCACGCGGACUUGUGCUGCCUCUUACAGUACUCACAUCAUUCAUCUUCCUCAAUACUCGUCCCAGUAUCCGCAUCCUCCUCUCGUGCUCGAUCGUCACCGUUGGCUUCUUCGUUGGUGUCUUUCUUGAUGGCACCCACGUUUCAACUCUUGGCAUUGUGUUUGGUGUGGCAUCUUCGUUGAUGACAGCGCUUCACGCUGUGGUGAUGAAGCGUUCCCUAGACGUUGUCGGAGGCAGUGCGCUCCAUCUGAGUUGGUAUAGUAAUCUGUUGAGUGCAGUGGUGCUAGCACCUUGCGUGCUAUUCGCCGGCGAGGGUAGCUCCGUAAUGGAUUUGCUCUACAGAAGACAAGGUUUAGCGACCUUCAUCACUGGAUCUACUAUCACUGGCGCACUUGGGUUUCUCAUGUCUAUUGCGAGCACUCUCUCAAUCAAGAUCACGUCUCCAAUCACACAUAUGAUAUCUUCCGCCAUUCGGGGCGUCGCAGCUUCCUUGCUUGGCAUGUGGAUCUUCCAUGACGUCGUCAGUUCCGGCCGCGUCUGGGCCAUUGCCAUCAUCCUCACAGGCUCGUUGCAUUACACAUGGAUCAAGCAUACUGAAUCGCCACCUGCAUCUCCAACAAAACCUUCGUAUGAGCGCGUGUCGUUGGAGGACUUAGAAGCCGUGGAGAAAGGCGUCAUGAACGGAGCUGCAGGCAGGCGUGGCCAUCCAAGUUGAAGUCGUACGAGCGCUGGCGCAUACGGCUGGGCGGACAUAAAUAACUUAUGCACAGAGUCGUAAUGUCCAUGCAAUCUAGAUAUCAUCCAGCUACUAAACGGAUUCUCUACACUUCUCUUG